AUGAGGAAUCCAAGUGGUUCUUCUGAACAAGAUAUUAUGAACGAAGCGAAAGAGCUGUUAAAACUUGACGGAUCCUAUAAGAAUGGUUUCAAGUUUGAUCAUGUCUGGGACAUCUUGAAAGACUCCGAGAGUUUAUCAAAUGUCACUGCAUCAACUCAGUAUCAACGACAAAGUCCUUAUCAAUCACCUUCUUCCGGUCCUGGUUCAUCGUCUGUGAUAGAUGCCGGUUUACCGUCAUUGACUAUUGACGACGUAGAAGAUUUUGGUACCGACAGAAAGAGCAAAAAAAAUUCAAAAAGCAGAGGAUUAAGAAUCAAAAGCUCUGCCGAUUACAAUGGAGAAGAAGACGAUGAUCGCAGCGGCAGCAUUAAUCCUGCUUCUAAUUGUAUCUUCGAAUGA